AAGAGCUAGCAAACUGAUCACCUAUGUAUUCCAAAAUGCUUGCCUCUCUCACUAUACUGAUGAUGGCCAGCGCCGCCACCGGACUUGUCUCCGCUGCCACCGUGCCGCAGUCGUCCUUAGAAGGACAAGCAGGAGCACUCCUCAUUUGGAAAGCCACCCUUAACAACAGAAGCCAGCUCGCUCUACAUUCCUGGCGAAACAAGUCUUCUUCACCUUGCAAUUGGCACGGCAUCAGGUGUGGUGCACACACGAUGCACCAGGGCCGGCUCCAACCAUUGAUCACCGGUGUCUCCUUGCGGCGGAUGCGGAUGCGAGGGACUCUGGAGUCCCUUGACUUCUCAUCCUUGAGAACCUUGAGGAGCCUCGACCUCUCGAACAACGAGCUUGUCGGAAGUAUUCCUUCGAGUAUUGAGGUCCUCGUGAAGCUCCGUGCUCUGCUCCUGCAAGGCAACCAGAUAAGAGGCUCAAUUCCAGCUUCUUUAGCCAACCUCAUGAAGCUUCGUUUGUUAGAGAUUUCUGACAAUCAAGUCUCCGGUGAAAUUCCAAGGGAAAUAGGGAAAAUGAGUCAUCUUGUGGAACUAGACUUCUCAUGCAACCACUUGGUUGGUCCUAUCCCUCCCGAAAUAGGUCACCUGAAGCACCUAUCUCUACUAGAUUUGUCCAAGAAUAACUUUUCCAACUCAAUCCCAACCUAUAUGGGUGAUCUCACCAAACUCACUAUAUUGUACCUUGACCAAAACCAACUUUCAGGAUACAUCCCUAUAGGACUAGGUUAUUUGAUGAACCUAGAGUACUUAGCGCUUAGCAACAACUUCAUCACGGGACCUAUUCCAACAAAUUUAAGCAAUUUAACUAAUCUCGUUGGUUUAUAUAUUUGGCACAAUAGACUUUCUGGACAUAUCCCUCAAGAACUAGGUCAUUUGGUUAACAUAAAAUACUUGGAACUCAGUGAAAACACACUAACAGGUUCCAUCCCAAACAGCCUAGGGAAUUUGACAAAACUCACUUGUUUGUUCCUUCACCGGAACCAACUUUCUGAAGACCUUCCCCAAGAACUAGGUUAUUUGGCCAACUUAGAGAGGUUGAUGCUUCACACUAACAACCUAACAGGUUCCAUCCCAUCCAUCUUUGGGAAUUUGAGCAAACUAAUUACAUUGCACCUAUAUCGUAACAAACUUCAUGGGUGGAUCCCCUCACAACUAGAUUAUUUAGUCAACCUAGAGGAGAUGGCGUUGGAGAACAACACACUAACAGGUCCCAUUCCAUGUAGCUUAGGGAAUCUGACCAAACUCACUAAAUUAUACCUUUACAACAACCAAAUUUGUGGAGCCAUCCCCCAUGAACUAGGUUAUUUGAUCAAGUUAGAAGAAAUGGCGCUUCAAAACAACACACUAACAGGUCCUAUCCCAUACACCUUAGGAAAUUUGACCAAACUCACUACCUUGAACCUUUUUGAGAACCAGCUUUCUCAAGACAUUCCUCGAGAACUAGGUAAUCUGGUAAAUUUAGAGACCUUGAUGAUCUAUGGAAACACAGUAACAGGUUCCAUCCCAGAUAGCUUAGGAAAUUUGACUAAACUCAGUACCUUAUACCUUCAGCGCAACCAACUCUCUGGACACCUUCCCAAUGAUCUAGGUAAUUUAAUCAAUUUAGAGGACCUGAGGCUUAGCCACAACAGACUAAUAGGUUCCAUCCCAAACAUCUUAGGGAAUUUGGUCAAACUUACUAAAUUGUACCUUGAAAGUAACCAACUUUCUGCCAGUAUUCCUUAAGAACUAGGUAACUUGGUGUCUUGGUCAACUUAGAAAGUUUGUCUUUUGCUAAUAACACACUCUCAAGUUCCAUUCCAGGUAGCCUUAGGGAAUCUGACAAAACUCAUAACCUUGUACCUUGGCUGGAACGGAUCCAUUUCCUCAAGAAGGCAUGGAUAUCAGUUCAAAUAAACUCUACGAGCCUUGGACUAGCUAGUAGCAACAGCCAGCAGUAGGAUACUAGAGAAGACGGUCGAGGUUCGUUCUCCUCUGCAAUCUAACCACAAACGGCUCGCGCGCGCGCGAAUUCAUGGCGUCGGCGGUUGCCGCAGAGCACGAGAGCGACCGCUCACGCAAGGCGAAGAGAGGCGGCGGCGCGGCGCGCCGGAGCCGGAGAUGAUGACGCCGCCGCCUUCGGCUUCGUCGUGUUCGUCAUACUCAUCCAGGUGGCCGGCGGACGCGGCGGGAGCAGGAGGUGUACUCCGCUAAGCUCCUCGACGCCCUGCGCCUCGUCCGCGCCGGCACCGGCAACGGCGGCAAGCGCGCUGGCCGUCGCCGCCCGCGGGCGGUCGCGGUGGAGCCGUGCCGUGCUCGCCCGCCGCCAACGCAGCCGCAGCGCGCGCCUCGUACGGCGUGGCCCGGGCAUGCCGAUGCCGGUGCCGGCGCAGGACGCGGUGACCAUGCUGAGGAAGGCUGAGGCGCUUGCGCGGCUGGUGCCGGGGUGCGGGAAGAAUCAUGCCUUCCGACGCCAUGUAUGUCCAUUUCGCGCAUGACAAUCACGUACGCCUGGCCGUCCCGUCAUUGUUGAUUUUCUGGCAAACGCGCAUUUUAACUCCAACUAGCUUAGCGACGUCCUCUUCACGUGAGCAAUUUUGAAAUAAGAGAAUUGUUGGUCUUAAAAAUUGUUGGUCUUAUAAAUUCGAUAGUACUGUGCGAUGGUAACGAGGUCAUCGAUACUCAUGGUUAAAAGUCGUAGCCCUCUUUCACGUGAGCAAUUUUGAAAUAAGAGUGAUGGCUAGCCUCUGAAGGUUAAGCUGGCAUGCCAUGCUUUCUGAAACUGGGGUGUACUGUAUAUCCUUAAUUAAUGAAUCUCGAUCGAGCAGGAGAGUAGAGACUCUAGCUCCUGGUCAUCAGGGUGUGACGCAUAAACCAUGACGCAAUACAUUACAAGCAUGCAACGCAUAAACCAUGACGCAAUACAUUACAAGCAAGCAUGAUGGCUGGGACCAAAAUGCAUCGCAUCACCUGCACGGACCAUCUAUUCCAUCCAACGAUCGAGCAACAAACAAAAUACCAUCAAGCAAAAACUGACUACAGUCAUCAUCAUUAUGCCACUGCCAACAUGCAUCCACAUAUUGUUGACAAGGAACUACUUACAAUUUGUUUUCUACUUAUUUCUUACAAGUUUCGACUGAAUUUGUUUUGGUUUACAGCUUAUUCAUGUCAGCGAGAAAAGUUUACAGAUGAAUGCUUUGACGGGGAAAAAAAG